AUGGUCGCAGCGUCGUCAGCUUCGCGGGCAAAGCCCGUGAAGCGUGUGAAGAAAGGAACGGAGACGACAAAGAAUUAUCGGUUCGAGGGUUUCUCGCAGCGUGUCGCAAAGCUAAAGAUCGAUCCGAUUCACCGCGUGCGCCGGCCGAGUUUUGGGGAAGAUGAAGGAGACGAAAACUCGUCACAUUUCCGAUCCGCAUUCGAUCACUGGACCGAGUUGAACCUGUCCGACAACUUUGUGCAGUUUGCUCGUCGCGUUAACCCGCUAUGCGAGAGUUUGGUUCAGAUCCUGUAUCAUGAAGAAAAGAUAAUGAGCUUGUUGGUGGAAUUCAUUGAGAAGAGGGAUCAUCUGUCCAUGGAACCGCUCCUGAGUCUUCUUGCCCAGUUUGCCAGGGACCUCGGUGCGAAAUUUGAGAAGCAUUUCGCUACUUCGGUGACCCUCGUGGCCUCCGUAGCUGCUACUCACCCUGAGGUUGAGGUCGUUGAAUGGAGCUUCACAUGUCUUGCAUGGAUUUUCAAAUUCCUUUCGCGGCUCUUAGUUCCGGACCUGAGACAGCUUCUAGGCAUCAUGACCCCGUAUCUCGGAAAAGAACGACAGAAGCCAUUUGUGGCGCGAUUUGCCGCAGAGUCAAUGUCAUUUCUCAUUCGCAAGGCAGGAUUAGUCUAUUAUAAGAACACUACACCUCUUCAGCGUGCGAUUUCAUUCUUACUCGACGAUUUGCAUCAGACGGCAGCGGACAAUAAGAAUGUCGAGAUAUAUAAGGAAGGGCUCAUGGCCAUGUUUUCUGACGCCAUAAAGGGUGUCAAGUAUGGUCUCCACUCCAAUGGCAUUGAUAUCUUCAGCGCUGUUCUGGAAAACAUGUCUACGGAUGAUGACCUGCGUAGUAGCCUGGGCCUGGAUGUUGCAAGCGGCAUUUUGACCAAUAUUAUCCAUAACACAACUCCCGACACUUUUGAGCCCAUAGUGGACACGAUCAAAUCACAUAUUGAGGCUCGUUGCCGGAAAGCUGACAAACGACGUGCCAUGGCAUGCUGCCGCCUAAUCCUCGUCUGUGUUUCUACUCGCAAGGGCUUGCGAGUGAAGAACUGGAAAAAUGUACACCAGACCUUGUUACUUCUCCUGCAAACCGCCGCCGCCGCGCCUGAUGUCUAUGCCGACGCGACACCUCAACUUCUCAUUGCGGUGGCAUAUGCCCUCCAAGUUUCACCUAUGGAUGAAUUGCUGCCAUUUAUGCGUACGACCAUGGAGACGGUGACAAGCGAGCCUCUUGCGAACUACUUCCUGUCAUUCUGCGCCACUUUUUCGGAAUGGGGCGCAGAGCGGUUUCAUAGCGUGAUACUUCCUUACUUCCAGAAGUUUGUCAACACUUCAUGGAAGGAGCGAGAGUACGAACUUUGUUUGAUCUUGCUUCGGUUGAAUCAAGCCGGCUGCAUCACAUCAGAAGUUUCGAAGCCUGGCUACAUCUCUUGUCCAGCCCCUUGGAAGGCUAAAAUCAAGAAGACCUUGAAAACCCAGCGUCCCGGGGAAACAGAGGUAACACUUCUAAACGCAUAUUCGAAGCUUCCCAGUGCCCUGUCCUUGUCCACCGAACCUUCCCUCCUCCCCGACAUGACCCAAAGUCUCCAUGAUCACGUAUCUCGUGCACUGAAGAGCGAUGAAUCUGAGCCAUCUCUGUCAACCAAGUUUUUCGUCGGUCAGGGCUUCAAGGCAUAUGUGGAGCUGGCGUCGACCUGCGGCGAAGUCGACUCGAACCUCUGGGAUCAGAUCAGCAACGUCGCUUCCAUAUAUUCUCGUCUUCCCGUUUUUCUCGAGGCAACCUUGGCUUAUGUCUCAGCUUGCUCCAAAGAACUUGAUCUGAACAAGCCUGCCCUCGCUGAGUUCGCGGAUGUUCUAAUCACCAAUCUUGCCGGGCCGUCCCACGAGUUGAGACUGGUAUCCCUCAAAAUCCUGCAGGAAAUCGUUCAAGCGUCGGGCGACGACACGUCCCUCAUAUCCUUGGCCAUUCAAAUUGAAGAAAGCCCCCUUACGCUACAGUCCGCCAGAGAGCUGGCCAUGCACGUACGUAAGAUGGCUAUGUCUUAUCCACAGGUGGCAUCGCGGAGAUGGAUGUCUAGGUUGAUCCCGAAUUUCUUGUUCGGUCUUUUCUCAAAGAAGAUGGCUCCGUUGUGGGAUGACUCUGCCGCUGCCUUGAAGUCGAUCAGCGAGCACGCAGAUGGAGAGAAGAUCGUUUCGGAUCUGGCUAUCCAGUGGCUUCAAGAGAGAGGUUCCCCAACAUCCGCCGAAGACACUGAAGAAGAUCCUAAUGCGGACUCUUUCGUGUCUGGAGAAUACCAGUGCUUUAAUGCAGCCAAGGUGGAAAGUGUUGGCACCACGAAUUUCGAGGCCGCCGAGCCCAUCUCCAUGUUAACACAGCGGCUCGAAAAAGACCAUCAAUUCUCGGAGGUUAUCCCAGCUGCCCCUCGAACUCAAGCUUUACGUGUUCUUAAUGCUGCGCCAAACAUCGCCGAAAAACGGUCGCGCCAGGUUGUUCCCUUGUUCUUGUCCUGGGCAACACGCGAUGAAGAAGACAUCCCUUCAGCGACUGACCUGAAGUCUUCCGAGUCUACCUCUUACAUUCCUUGGGGAUUCCAUGAUCGACUGGCCUUCCUUGGCCUUUUCGGCCAGUACUUAAACCCCCGUGUCCUGUUCAGAGCUUCCGAGGUUCACGAUGCAGUUCUUGGAUUGUUGUGUCACGGAAAUUCUGAGAUUCAGAAGGCUGCUCUCAAAGCUCUUUUCACUUGGAAAGCCCAGGGUAUUUUGCCAUACAAGGAGAACCUUUUGAAUAUUCUUGACGAAUCGCGGUUCAGGGACGAGCUCUCGGCGUUCGUUCAGGUUGGCGGGGAGGAUAGUUUGAUUGAAGAAGCACACAGGGACGAACUCCUUCCUGUUCUCCUCCGACUUCUCUAUGGACGAAUGAUCUCAAAGGCUGGCGCGAGCGCAAGUCAGGCUGGGCAAGCAGGACGGCGAAAAGCAGUUCUGAGAACCUUGGCCCAGUUGCCUGACAACGAGUUCCAACUCUUCAUCCAGAUCUCCUUCGGCCCUCUGGGCGACGUUCACUUGAUCCAAAAUGGUGAAAUUGACCAGGAAGUGUUCACACGAGAGCUGGCAAGUCCAAGGAGGCAAAUGGGUCUAUUAAGGAUGAUCGAAACGGUCUUUGAGUCACUCCAAACCAAGAUGACACCUUACGCAGAGCGGUCUAUGGAAGUCGUCCUUUACUGCCUCGUUCGGGCAUGUCGUGAAUUGGAAAAGUCGCAACCAGAAAACGAAGAAACGAAGCUAUUGACAGUGUUGCGUAAUAUCCGGUCUACAUGCAUUAAGUGCCUGGACCUUAUAUUCUCUGUCUCGCUGGACCGAGACUGGACACCCUUCACUCUUCCAUACCUGGCUACUGCCCCCAGAUCGUCCUUCUAUCUCGUUCAACAUAAUGAUGCCCUUCUAACAAAGGUCGUCGACUGUCUUGGUGUGGACUCCACCCGUGAUGAAGUCAAGGUGUUUAUCAUGGAUGAGAUUCUAGUGCCAUUAGUCGGACUGGCAACUGGGAAGGAACUCAGAGAGCAGGAGGAAAUGAGCGAUAUUCCUGCUGAUGAAAUUCGAUCGGUGGUUUUGGCACCUUAUUUAGACCACACCCUUUCUCACAUGGGUAACUUGCUGAGGCGCGGCCCUUCCCGACCAGUCUUAAUAUCUGGCGUCCAGACUCUUUCUCUACUGGCCCCAUGUGUUGAAUCGUCCACGGAAACGUCAAGCUUGGUUAACAUAACCACAUAUCUUCUCCGUCAACCUCCGGACCGCGUGUCCCCCAAGACGAAAUCUGGCCUUCUGCGCAUCCUCGAGCACUUUUUGCCUCUGUACGACCCUAAGGAAGAUUUGAAACUUUUCCAGGAGGUGUUUGAUGCAGUUUCCUCCAUGUUCGAUUAUUUCAAGGAUGAAGCGAACCGAGAGGUCUUGUCUAGGGUUUUCUCUGCGUUCGCCAAGCACGACCCCGACCUUAUCAAGGUUGCUGCUCUUUGUGAAGACUUGAACUCAGUCUCUCGAAAGAGGCUGGAAGUUGACUUUGAACGUCGGUUGCAGGCUUUCAGAGAGAUCAACGAUGGGCUCUGGGAGACGUUCAAUGCUAGGCAAUGGCGGCCGGUUCUCUACAACAUGCUCUACCAUGUCAAAGACGAUGAGGAGCUUGCCAUCAGAUCGAGUGCUUCGUUUGGAUUGAAACGAUUCAUGGAACGGGCCACUCUUGUUACUGACAACACUGUAGAGGAAUUCGAGCCCCUCGUAAAGGAUGUUUUAUUCCCCUCAUUACAGAACGGAAUUCGCCAAAAAUCAGAACUAGUUCGGAUGGAAUUUAUCUCCGCGCUAGGCUACUUCGUCAAGCUGAAUCCUGACAGACCUAACGUUCAGGAUAUGCGUGAUUUACUUGUUGAUGACGACGAGGAAGCCUCGUUUUUCAAUAAUGUUCUCCACAUACAACAGCAUCGUCGUCUGCGAGCCUUACGACGUCUGGCUACCGAGGCAUCAAAGGGCAAACUACAGGCUUCAAACAUUAGCACAAUUUUCAUUCCCCUUAACGAGCAUUUUGUGUUCGAUGAAGAGGCUGAUGAGGCUGCCCACAACCUGAUCGCAGAGGCAGUUGCGACCAUCGGAGCACUUGCGGAGUGGCUUGACUGGAACCAGUUCAGGGCCAUCUUCCGUAGGUAUAAGGGUUACAUGCAGAGCAAGCCAGAGAUGGAAAAGAAUAUCUUGAGACUUCUAGGUAGAAUGUCUGACGCCUUAACCACAGCAAUGAAUCAAAUCAAUGCGCCCAAGGAAACGACCGAAGACCAAAUGGAGGGAGUUGAGACUUCAGUACCUUCCCAGUGUACUUUGGCUCGCACAAUUCCUUCUGCUGCCAAGGUUGCAUCCGAACUGACGACGAACUUUACCCCCUUCCUGACAAACUUUGUUCACCAUAAAGAUGAAGCACAGAUGAGCUUGCGUUUGCCAGCUUCAGUGACAACCAUCAAGCUUUUGAAAUUGUUGCCAGAGCAAGACAUGACUAUUCGCUUACCAGCCGUCCUUCUGGACGUUUGCAGCAUUCUUAAGAGCCGCGCUCAAGAUUCCAGAGACACUGCUAGGAAGACUUUGAACGACAUCGCCUUGCUAUUGGGCCCUGUGUAUUUCGGCUACAUACUCAAGGAACUCCGGACUACCCUCACAAAGGGUUACCAGCUGCACGUUCUGUCUUUCACUGUCCAUUCUAUGCUUGUGGCCACGACGGACGAAUUCAAGCAAGGGGACCUGGAUUACUGUCUGGCAGACCUGAGCGCUGUGGUGAUGGACGAUACCUUUGGCACUGUUGGUCAGGAGAAGGAUGCAGAGGACUACGUGAGCAAGAUGAAAGAAGUGAAGAGCAACAAGAGUUAUGACUCUAUUGAACUGCUGGCGAAGAAUUCCACCGUUCGGAAUCUGGCGAAUCUGAUCAGGCCCUUGCAAUCACUCCUCAAAGAGAAGCUUACCUCCAUCAUUGUGAGGAAAGCUGACGAGCUUUUGCGGAGAAUCGGUAUUGGUCUUUUGCGAAACCCAGGUGUAGAAAACCGUGACAUCCUGAUGUUUUGCUAUGAAGUCAUUAAGGAGUCGUACCAGGGGCCGGUGCAGACUGAAAAGAAAGCUUUGUCUGCUUCCGAAGAACAUUUUCUGAUCAAGCUUCAUGGAGCAAAGCGGGGCGAGAAACGAGGCACCACUUCUUCUUACGUCCACAAGUUGACUCGUUUUGCCCUUGAUGUCCUUCGCUCGGUCUUGAGCAAGUUUGACUCACUACUCACGCCAGCCAAUGUGGCUGGGUUCCUCCCUAUCAUUGGAGAUUCGCUAGUCCAAGGGCAGGAGGAAGUCAAGAUCUCGGCCCUUCGACUGCUAUCUACCAUGGUCAAGCUUCCUCUUGCGGAGAUUGAUAACAACUCUCACGUGUAUCUCACUGAGGCUGUCAAGAUCAUCAAGGAGGCGCCGAGUACAAACACUGAAGCUGCCCAAGCAUCGCUGAAGUUGAUUGCGGCUAUGCUUCGGGAGAGAAAGUCCACAAAGCUCAGGGACGGGCAUCUUUCAUAUCUGCUGCAGCGCCUCACUUCCGACAUUGAAGAGCCGGAUCGUCAAGGCAUCACGUUCAACUUCAUCAGGGCUGUUAUGUCUAGGAAGUUCGUUGUCACUGAAAUGUACGAGUUGGUUGACCAUAUUGCCACCAUGAUGGUCACCAACCAGACCCGCUCUGCGCGUGAUCUAGCGCGAGGUGUAUACAUUCACUUCCUCAUUGAGUACCCCCAGGCCAAGAACAGGUGGGCAAAACAACUGGCUUUCUUGGCCAAAAACUUGGAGUACAAGCACUCGGAGGGUCGUCAAUCGGUCAUGGAAGCCAUCCAUACUCUGCUGUCGAAGACUGGACAGGAACUCGCUCAAGACAUAGUCGGUACAUUUUUCUUGCCAGUGGUCAUCGUCAUGGCGAAUGAUGAUGCUGCAGAAUGCAGAGAGCUCGCAGGAACCUUGCUGAGUCAAUUCUACAGCCGAGCAGACAACGAAACGAUGAAGACCAUUCUCGUGCCUCUGCAUUCAUGGCUGGAACAAACAGACAACUUGCUUUUGACCAGCACUGGACUACACGCUAUGCGAAUUUACUUUGAGGCGGAAGAGACGACGAAGGAAAAGGAGGCUCGUUUUGUUAGAGAGCUUCUCCCUUCAAUCAUGCAGCCAGUCCUAGAAGCUGAAGAUACUGAGAAUUGGCAGACGCUUUAUUACUCUCUCCAGCUCUACGCAAAGCUCUGCAAGAGCGUCCCUGCGAUCGCGCUCGCCAAAGAAAGUGCCACGAACUGGGCAGCUAUCCGAGAAUGUCUCUUCUACCCGCAUGCCUGGGUCAAAACAUCUGCUUCUAACCUUGUUGGAACCUGGCUUGCGGACUUGGCUAAGUCGAAUGCCACUAAUGGCUACAGCUCAUUGCCUUUGGAAAAUGCCUCUGGAUUGGCCCUGGAUAGAGACGCCAUGCUGCAACUGAUCCGUGCCAGUGUACGCUGCCUUCGAACUCCAGCCGUCAGCGAGGAGCUUGCGAUGCAAACCGUUCGCAACAUCAUUUUCAUUACGCGCUGCUGCGCUCAGAAUGGCCUCGAGUUCACUCGAAAGGGUGACAAGGCUGCCGAAUCAGAUGCUAGCGACAGUGAAGAAUCCGAUGACGAGAAUAAGGAGGAGCAGCCGGUCGACUCAUCCAAGCCUGCUAUUCGGUACAUCUUCGAGCAAGUGUCUUCUGUACUGCGCAGGGAGCUUCUUACCACUAGGGCAGAAUCGUUGAUCCCCAAGACCGCUUCCAUCGGUCUUCUGGCAGCUCUUUGCCGCCACCUUGAGGCAGAGCAGAUCCAACCAUCUAUCCCUAUUAUCCUCAUCCCCCUUCAGCAUAUGACUGAUUCAUCUAUCCCGCCACCCCGCUCCUCAGAUCCGGUCUUCAGAGAAUCGUACAAGGCUCUGGUGUCGAACUGCCAUGAGGUAUUGGACCUCAUCCAGAAGAAGCUGGGUACCUCUGAGUUUGUGAAGCAAAUGGCCCUCGUCCAGGAGAAGAUCAAGGAGAAACGUGAAGGCCGUCGUGUUAAGAGACGUAUUGAGGCAGUGACGGAGCCGGAAAGGUUUGGACGUGAGAAGAAGCGGAGGAACGACCGCAAGCGUGAUAAGAGAAAGGAGAAAGGAAUGGAGCACCGCAGCAAGAGACGAGGCUGGUAA